AUGGCAGUCAUCAAGCUACUAAUCUGCUGCCUACUCUUGCCUGCAGGAUGUAGUUUAAUCUCCUCUGAGACCGACCCCGGAGAUGCUGCAGUGCUGUGCUAUUUGAGAGAACAUUGGCAUAAUACACCAGCAAGCUGGAGCGAGUCAGAUGAUCCUUGUGGUGGAUCGUGGGAAGGAGUCACCUGCAUCAACUCAAGAGUGACUGGAUUGUAUCUCUCUUUUAACAAAGAACUUUCAGGUAGCAUAAUUCCGCAGAUAGGAGCAUUGCAAAAUCUGGAGACCUUAGUUCUUGAAGAAUGUAGCUUCACUGGGACCUUACCAGCUGAGUUGGGGAAUCUAGAGGAAUUGUCCUUUCUAUCACUUAAUGGCAAUAACUUUACCGGAGAAAUACCACCUUCCUUGGGUAAUCUUAGCAAACUAACAUGGCUCAACCUAGCAGAUAAUCGGCUGACAGGAUCCAUCCCUGUAUCAACCUACAGAAUUCCAGGAUUAGACCUCCUUCAUAAUCUAAAACACUUGGUGCUCAGUGGAAACCAGCUAUCAGGUCCAAUUCCGCAGAAACUAUUCAGUUCUAAUAUGGUAUUCAACAAAAUAUUACUUAGCGGAAAUCAAUUAAGUGGAGGGAUUCCUUUAACAAUAGGGCUUGUUCAGACACUUCAAACUCUAUUUCUCGGCGAAAAUUCCCUAGCUGGAAAGAUUCCAUCAAAUAUCAACAACCUGACAAAUCUCAUUGCCUUGGACAUGCCAAACAAUAGGCUGUCUGGACCAUUACCAAACUUAUCCGGAAUGAAUUCCCUACUUCGUGUGGAAUUGAGCAACAACUCUUUCGAGGUGUCGGAAGCUCCAGCUUGGUUUUCAACCUUGCCUUCUUUAAACAUUUUGAAUAUCGACAAUGGACCACUUUGUGGAUUGUUGCCCCCAACCCUUUUCAGCUUGCCUGAUCUUGCAGUAGUGAGUCUGAGGAAUAACGCAUUCAAUGGAACUUUGCUUAUUGGUAGCAACAUCAACCAAAAUAUUCUGAGCGUUGAUUUGGAGAACAAUGGCAUAUCCUCAAUAUCAAUUGAUCCUGUGUUCAAAAGUAAACUAAACUUGAUUGGCAACCCAAUAUGCAAUUCUGCAUAUAUGAAGAAGACUAGCGUAUUCUGUCAGGUUCAGAAACAAUCUGCAAAUCCUUGA